GGUUUUAGAGCUGAACACACUUUUCAGCAACUACCGUGUAACCGUACACUUUCGCGUUUGUAAACGUGUUUACUUAAACAUGUUCACCUGAAGUAGUUCAGGGUCCCGUGUAACCGCGCCCUAAAAUUUGCACGUAUUAUUGAACUGCUGACGGUUGUUUACAAUUUUUGUGUUUCCGGUUAAUUUUAGCGAUAAUGCUGCUCUCAAGUGACAGGGUGCCGAAACAAUAUAGUUCUAUUCCAGUUUCCUACUGUAUGUUUCUAUGUUUCCUACCCCCGACAAAAAACGUUGUAAGAAGUUGUGUUUUUUUUUGUUAGGUGUAGAGUUUAAUGUGAAUUGGUCAAUAGUUUGCUUCAUAAUGUCUUUUGAGCAAACAAGAUUGGAGUUAACUGAGUUUGUACGCCUUGGUUUUGAGAAGGGAAGCAUUGACUUACUCAAGAAAAAGUAUGAUUCUCUUAAAACAAUGGAUUCGGACAAGCGGGCGACGUUGGACCAGGUGUUCCGUGACCUGCUCCUCGCCCUGCUGUCCUCGCCCCAGGCAGAGGUCUCGACCUGGCAGCAGUUCGUGACGUACUGCAUCCUGGCGUGUCGCCACGACCUCUGCACGCCCACCAUGCCAGUCGUCCUGCUGGGAGACAUCUUCGAUGCGCUCACCCUAGACAAGUGCGAGCAGCUGUUCCGCUUCGUGGAGGACAAUGUGGCUGUGUGGAAGGAAGAGUUGUUCUUCAGCGCCUGCAAGAACAACCUGCUGCGCAUGUGCAACGAUUUGCUGAGACGACUCUCCAGGUCACAAAACACAGUCUUCUGUGGUCGCAUUUUACUGUUCCUCGCCAAAUUUUUCCCCUUUUCGGAGCGUUCAGGGUUGAACAUUGUGAGUGAGUUCAACCUGGACAACGUGACAGAGUAUGGUGGCGAGGGGGGCAGAGACGUGGAUGUCCUGGGGGACAAGGAUGAUGCCAUGGAGGAAGGAACGAAACCUGAAACGAAAAUGAAGCUGGACUACAACCUUUACUGCAAGUUCUGGGCGUUGCAGGAUUUCUUCCGCAAUCCUAACCAGUGCUACAAUAAAAUGGAGUGGAAAACAUUUUCAUCACAUGCAUCCAGUGUCUUGCUGGCCUUCAAGAGCUUCAAGCUGGAGCACUUGCAACUGAAGCACUCGCUGCCCGUGGCGGAGGUAGGCAAGCAGCACUACUUCGCCAAGUUCCUCACCAGCCAGAAGCUGCUGGAGCUGCAGCUCAGCGACGCCAACUUCCGGCGCUACGUACUGCUGCAGUUCCUCAUUCUCUUCCAGUACCUGCACUCCCCCGUCAAGUUCAAGUCGGAGUCGUGCGAGCUGAAGGUGGACCAACUGGACUGGGUGAAGGAGACGACUGGUCUCGUCUACUCCCUCAUGGCAGAGACUCCACCCAACGGCCCUCAGUUCGUCAACACCGUCCGCCAGAUACUGCAGAGGGAGGAGCAGUGGAACGCCUGGAAGAACGAGGGCUGUCCAGAGUUUCAGCGACCAGUGCAGCAGCCUGGUGUUGACGACACAGCGGGGGAGGAAAUGGGGGAUCGCCGAAGGGCAAUGAACCGCCCGCGUCGCUCUAAGCGCCGCCUGGGGGACUUGGUGAUGGAGGCGGACUCACAGAACAAUGUCUUGAUGGGCAACCCCGAACUCACCAAGCUGUGGAACUUGAGUGUGAGCAAUCUGGACGCGUGCAAGUCGAAGGAGCGUGACUUCCUGCCGUCGCUGGAGAGCUACUUCGAGGAGGCCAUGGAGCAGGCUGACCCCAGCGCCAUGGUCGAUGACCAGUACAAAGAAAACUUAGUUUCUCUUACAAUUCUUCAACCAGUACCACCUGACGACAAAAUUCCUCCAGAGAGUUCGUCAACACACCACCCAGACAUAGGCCUAUCACCCAAUAGAGUUACAGUCAUUUCUGAUCAAAGUGACUGUCACAAAAAAGUUAAACCAGAUAAUAUUAUCAUACAAACACAAGCAAGUUCAUCGUGGAAGAACAGUAAUGAAAUACCCUCAAGAAAUCUCUCUGAGCUCUAUGGCUGUGAUUAUUAUGAUGUAAGUGGUAUUGAACCUCUUGACCAAAUUUCUGUUGAAAAUUAUAAAUUAUAAAUUACAAAUGAAUUAUGAUUAUUUUCCCAGUUCUUUUGUAAAAGAACAUUCUCUGACUGGGUGAAGAAUAUUUAAUGUCAACCAUUUAUUUAAUGAAAUAAGAAGAAUGAGCAGGCAUAACAAGGCAUUAGAUUUUUAGUUUGAAAAUAUUAACAAAGAAAAGGUAUGGAGAGUGUGUAUCAUUUCCAAUGCUCCAUGUGUGGUGUGAAAGAUAAAUUAGUCUCGGACAAUCCAAACAAGAAGUGUAUGGACAUUAACAAUGCUUGGGUCAACAGUAUGCUACUAACAGGACAAUAUUUUACCCAAAUGAAAGAAAUUACAUCAUCGCUAGACAUGCCUUGCUGUUUUAAAUAUAAAUAUUACAAAUGUGAAAGGCAACUACAGUCUGUUAUACAUGACAUAGCAUGGCUUCAAAUGGAAGAAGCAGCGAAAGAAGAAGCUCGCCUAGCAGUGGCUGCAGGCUCCGUAGAUGCAGAAGGGAUUCCCCUUAUUACUGUAAUAACUGAUGGAGCUUGGUGUAAACGAUCGUAUGGAAAUUACAAUGCAAUGUCGGGAGUGGUAAGUCUUUUGCAUUAUCAAUCAUUUAUAUACUGUUUGCAUAUCAUCAAUAGUAAAUCCACUAAAUAUUUGACUGUGUGUAUAUAUAUUUUUCCAGGCUUGCAUCAUUGGUGCUCUUACAAACAAAGUAAUUUUCAUUAGUGUUAGAAAUUCAUACUGCUGCAUCUGUACCCGUGCGGAGUCAAAGGAUAUACCUGUCAGUGAUCAUGUUUGCUAUAAAAACUGGAACAAAUCUGCUACAGCAAUGGAAUCAGAUAUAAUUGUUGAGGGGUUUAAGUGUAGUGUUGCAAUGCAUGGCAUUAAAUAUCACCAGCUGAUCGGUAAGAACCUACAAGAAACACUUCUUGAUUAUUUUUUGCGAACACAUUUUCCUUUCAGAUAUUUUAUUUUAAAUUUGUGUGUGUGUUUAACUAUUGUCACUACAUACAUCUUUUAAAGUAGAUAACAAAAACAAUUUUUUGGUAGUUAUUGAAAGAGUUAUAAUACAUAAUGUAUUUGUAUUAUAGGAGAUGGUGAUAGCAGCGUAAUGCACCAGCUGGAGAAAGCGAAACCUUACGAACAUACGUUCGUAAUACGAAAAAUAGAGUGUGUAAAUCACAUUCUCAGGAAUUACCUCAGAUGAUUACGCGAUAUAGCUACGAAGACUAAAAAUACAUGUGGAAAUGUUCCCAUAGUGAUUAAGAAAGCAUUGUGAAACAGGCUACUACCGUACUACGUCUUCGUUAUGCCAUCACGUGUGCAAUUAAAACCAGAAAAGGUGAGAGAGGAAUAACUGAACAAGAACGUGUAAAGGAAUUACGGAGUGAUGUUCACAAUGAACCAUUUCAUGUAUUCGGGGACCAUUCAAAGUGCAGUGAACGAGAAUACUUUUGUGAUGGUUCUAGAAGCACAGAAGAGAAUAUAGUUACAAGUAUGAAAAGUAUGGGCAUGUGGGAUGAAAUAAUGUCAGCAAAUAAUCUGGUAGUUCAUCAUGCAGAAAGUCUCUUGAAAAACAUGACAACAAAUAGAGCUGAGUCUUUUAAUAAUACAGUUGCAAAGUUUGUUAUUGGUAAUAGAGUCAACUUUUCUCUCCGUGGUGGAUACCUUACCAGAAGUGAACUUUCCGUGAUUUCGUGCAAUGCAGAUGGUAACGAACAAGCCGAAAUUCACAAAAAAUUCACAAAUCACAGUCCUGGUGAAUAUUCAAAAAAAUAUUUAAAAGCAAAAAAAAAUUCUGCUGAAAAAAAAGAGGCGCUUGGAAAACCCCACAAAAAAGACUAAAAAGAAAA